AUGGCGGAUGUGCUAUCCAUUCCAAUCAGUGGUGCCAUCCCAAUGGUUACGGUGAACAAGGUGUUCAAGUGCUUGUACGACUGCGAUGAGCAAGAGGAAAAUGAUCCGGACAGGAUCACAUGCAUGCGAAAAUGUCCUCUCAGGGAGAUAAGAGAGUGCAAGAAGCUAUGCAAUGCUGCAUUCGCAUAUAAUGAAAGACUUCGACGAAAGUGUUUGGAUGGCGUCCCGAUGACAUGUCUGCUUCUUUGA